AGUCGCUAGCUCAACUCACCCAUUCCUCCAUUGCCAUUCACGUUCGUCUCUCUUGCCAUUAACGCCUACGCUUUCAAGGAUCGAGCACGUAUAAACUACGAGCAUCUCUAAAAUUUGUUAUCUCGCCGGGAUGAUUUCGAGGUCUCCCAGCCUCUUCCAGAUCGGCGAGGGUGAGGCCCAGGAUCAGGAUCAGGCGGGGACGCCAACAAUGGCGACCGCCGGCGAGCUCGUCGGGCUCCGGCUGAUCAUACAGCCCUCACCGGGGCGACAACAACGGCCGGCGCUGGCCGUCCUCAGGAGGUCGUCGGUGAGGUCCCCGGCAGCCGACCUCCAGGAGAACAGCGGCUGCCGGCCGUUCGUGGGCCUCGAGUUCUUGAAGUGCUGCCUCUGCUGCUGCAAGAAGAUCGACGGCGACAUGGACGUCUUCGUGUACAAGGGAGAGCAAGCCUUCUGCAGCGACGAGUGCCGGUGUCAGCAGAUAGCGAGGGAGGAGAGGCGGGAGAUCGAGAUCCUGGUCAGGAAGCGCCGUGAAGCGUUCCACAGCCGCCGUGCAGCGCCGGGCAAGACGAUCGGAGGACCGGACCGGCACGCGAGGGUGCAAAUCUCAAGUUUUUGCUAGUUAUAAUUAGAUCCUUGCUGUACUUGCAGUAAGCCAGUGAUAAACUAAGGAUGAUUUUUUUAGGAACAAAUUAAGGAUGAUUAGUUAGGACAAAUUUCAAGUCCUAAAUUUGUAGUACAACUGUACAAGUAGGCUUUGGGUUGUUAAGAAAGGAUUCAAAGUUACCCCUAGGUGAA